AUGGCUCUCUGGCGGGCUUAUCAGCGGGCUCUGACUGCUCACCCAUGGAAAGUACAGGUCCUGACAGCUGGGUCUCUGAUGGGCCUGGGUGACGUUAUCUCACAGCAGCUGGUGGAGAGACGAGGUCUGCGGGAACACCAGACUGGCCGGACCCUGACCAUGGUUUCUCUGGGCUGUGGCUUUGUGGGCCCUGUAGUAGGAGGCUGGUAUAGGGUUUUGGACCGGCUCAUCCCUGGGACCACCAAGGUGGAUGCACUAAAGAAGAUGCUGUUGGAUCAGGGGGGCUUUGCCCCAUGUUUUCUAGGCUGUUUCCUCCCACUGGUAGGGACCCUCAAUGGACUAUCAACCCAGGACAAUUGGGCCAAACUCCAGCAGGAUUAUCCUGAUGCCCUCAUCACUAACUACUAUCUCUGGCCUGCCGUGCAGUUAGCCAACUUCUACCUGGUCCCUCUUCAUUACAGGUUGGCUGUUGUCCAGUGUGUUGCUGUUAUCUGGAACUCCUACCUGUCCUGGAAGGCACAUCGGCUCUAAGCCUGCCUCACUCUAUUGUUUCCACCUUGCAGUGAUACAGCUUGACCCUGGAAGGGUCAGACCACCUCCUCAAAGUGGGCACAUCAGUUUUCACGGGGUUCGAUGCCUGGGCAGAACUUGAUGGGAUUAACACUCUGAAAGGCAAUUUCACUCUAAAAUGUAACCUGACUCCUACUGAAAUCACCAAAACCUUGAUAAUGGUCUUAUAGCCACCACAUAGUAGGCACUCCAUAAGUACUUGUUGAACUAUAUGAGUUUGUCAACUUUGGUUUAUACUCAUAUCCUUGCAAAUGCCACUCAUCCCCAUUCUUCAUGGGCACACAUUUGUUUUUCUAAACCUCCCCAGCCCUAGUGUAGCUCCAUUUUGGGAGAUCGCCUCAAACCCUUUAUAUGGUGCCUCCAUAAAUAUGUUACUAAGUAGGUCAUCCACAACCUACAGAGGCAAUAAGUAAGACUUAGCAGAAAACUACUGGGGAGUUGAAUUUUCUAGAGCUUGGAAAGAAGCCUGGAGAACACCAAGCCCAGUCUCCUGUUUUAGAUGAGGACACUGGGGUCCACAGAAGUGAGGUGACCUGUUGACACCACGAGUUUGUGGCAGAGUAGAAACUUGAACCCAUGUGCUAUAGAUUAAAUGUUCAUAUCCUCCCCAAAUUAGUAUGGUGAAAACCUAAUGCCCAAGGUGAUGGUAUUAGGAGGUGGGGGCCUUUGGGAAGUGAUUAAAUCAUAAGGGCAAAGCAAGAGUCCAUGUGAGGACACAGCAAGAAGAUGCCAUCUAUGAAUCAGAAAGCAGACACCAAACCUACUGGCGCCAUUAUCUUGGACUUCCCAGUCUCCUGAACUGUGAGAAAUAAAGGUUUGUUGUUUAUAAGCCA